CUCACAAAAGAUUUCUCUCGACCAGCACCAACACCAAAGAUGGCUUUUGUAAAGGCCGACCUCGGCGACGCUCUGCCGCUCGUCGCCUCGGGCAAAGUGCGAGAACUGUACAAUGUUGACUCGAAAUCAUUGCUUUUCGUGGCAUCGGAUAGAAUAUCUGCCUACGACGUUAUCAUGGAAAAUGGAAUUCCAGACAAGGGACUCGUCCUCACGUUGAUGACUGCACACUGGUUCCGCUACCUCCAGAAACAAAUCCCAGACCUCAAGACACAUUUCCUUUCUCUCGAUCUACCCUCUGCCAUCCCACAAGCCCAAGUAUCGCGGCUCAAGGGCCGCAGCAUGCACGUGCGGAAACUCAAGGUGUUUCCCCUGGAGGCCAUCGUCAGAGGCUACAUCACCGGCUCGGCGUGGUCUUCGUACAAGAAAACCGGUGAGGUGAAUGGCAAGAAGAUGCCCCAAGGUUUACAGGAGUCGCAAGAGUUCCCAGAGCCAAUCUACACCCCAAGCACAAAAGCCGAGCUAGGCCAACACGACGAAAACAUCUCGACCGAGCAAGCGGCGCAGAUUGUCGGGGAGAGGUACGCGCGGCGCAUCGAAGAGCUUUCACUCAAGAUCUACAAGACUGCGAGAGACUAUGCCAAAGAGAAGGGUAUCAUCAUUGCGGACACGAAAUUCGAGUUUGGUUUGGACGAAGAGACGGACGAGGUCGUCCUCAUAGAUGAGGUGCUGACCCCGGACAGCUCGAGAUUCUGGUCCAAGUCCACGUACAAGAUCGGCCAAGGUCAAGACAGUUUCGACAAGCAGUUCCUUCGAGACUGGUUGACCAAGAACGGCUUGAAAGGCAAGGAGGGUGUCUCCAUGCCGGAGGAAGUGGUCGAGGCGACUCGUGCCAAAUACCUCGAAGCGUUCCAGAUCCUCGUAGGCAAGUCGUUGCAGGAGGCUGUCCAAGAACUGCAAUAAUUUAAAAGUCUGUGCUGUUCAGGUCGUCCAUUGCCAGCCCCCCAGACAGUGUAAUAUUACACGUGUUUGCGUCUUCAA